AUGAGACGACGAGAAAUGAAAUUGUUGGAUGAAUUCCAACCACUUGAAUCCGAUUCACCACUCUCCUCUUCAUCUUCAAACAAGAAGAAGACUUCCAAAAAGAAGAAAUCAACACGGACUCAAUCCGAAGAAGAGGAUUAUUCUCCCACAACAGCACCACCUAAUAAUAAUGAUGAUGAUAAUAAUCAGAGGUUCACGAACGAGACUCAUAAUGAUGGCGAUGAUCUUGUAAUUGAACACAAAAACACCAAGAAGAAUUCUACCAAAACCAAGACUCAUACCUCUAAAUUGAAUCGCAAUAACAUGAAUAGUAAUCAUAACCGAUCGUUUUCAUCCUCGAGUACAGGCAGUAAUCAUUCAUCAUCAGCGGAACCUAUCGUUUCGUUUGGCUACGGAAAACACAAGAGAACACAGUCAUCAAACAUUGUUGCGGAAUCUCCAAUUCCUGGAGGAGGAUACCAAUCAUCAUCGCUGUAUGACUCUUCUCCAUCCACUCCUACCACAACAACAACCUUCAAGUCUCAAUCUAAUAAUACCAAAUCAUCACAUCAUGCUCCAUCUUCUUCAUCUUUUGAUAAAUAUCAAGGUUUUGGAUCUAAAGAUUUACCAAAAACAAAAAGUGUACCAGCACUUGCUCACUCAUCAUCAAGAAAUAAUGAAGAGAGUGAUGAUCCUCAUAUCGGAACAAUGAAAGAUAAUUAUUAUGAAAUUGCUAGGAAGCGACAAAACGAAGAAAGUGGACCAUACAUUUUGCAAAUUAUUGCAGACAUGUUGAAAUAUAUUUACACAGCAGUAACAGAGACAGCUGUUGCGGGAAGCACAAAAAUAAGUUCGGCAGUUAGUGGCAUAGGAACGAGAAGAAAUAGUGACGCGAAAGCUGGUGGAGAAUUUCCACAAGCUGAGAUUUAUCUAGAGCCAGAAAAGAAAAUAAUUUUGGACAAAUUUAAACAGUACUGCUCGAAAAAGUUUGACAUUCAAAAUGAAAAACAUCAAAAAUUAUUAUUUGCUCUUUACAAGGCAUGCACGCAAAAGAAGACAACACUCACUGAGGGUGAACAUUACAAAUUUUUAGGUUUCCAGAACACAAAACCCGAAACGGAUUUCCGUGGAGCCGGAAUUCUAGGUCUCCAAAAUUUACUCUACUUUUCAAAACACUACAAGAAGAGAUUUAAGACUUAUUUCACCAAAUGUACAGCCAAAAUGGAGGUCACAGAAGAUGGUACCUUUACAUCGUAUCCUUUUGUUAUUGCUGGUUUGAACGUCACCAUGAUGUUACUUUCAUUUUUAGGAAUUGGUUUCCAAGCCAACAAAGUUCACAAUGUAACCGCAAAGAAAAAUUUUAUUGAAUUACUUGCCACUGAGAAGGGAAAACCAGCCAUUGAGGAAGAUGACGACGAUGAGGAUGAAGAUGAAGGUGCGUCCUCUUCAUCUACACCUCAAACCACUGUUGAGGGAACAUUGUUGUCAUUUGAUGACAUUCCAACCAUUCAACCUCAGCAGCCACCCAAGAAGUCUUUGAAUAUUUUAACAGAUGACAUUUCUCCAUUGGUUUGGGAUAAUUCAGCACUUCCAUCAUGGGAUGCAUCUCCCAAUAUAAAAUCCAACUCAUCCUCAAAUCCAUCAUCGUCGAGUUCGCAACACCAAGCAAAGAAGCCUUCCAAUGCUAACACAAUGAAUGAUACCAGUAGUUCCAGUAGUGGUAAAAAGAAUCCUACCUCACUUCAAGUGUCAAUCCCAUCGAAACAAAAACAAGUUGCAAAGAAAGUCAAGUCUAAACCCAAAAAGCAAUACGAAUUUAACCUGGACCUCUUUCAUGAAAUGUAUGUUGUUGGAUUCACCUGUCUGCACAGAGAAUGGUAUAAAACCAAAGCCACCUAUUUUGAUUUCAAUCGAGUCCUUGCCAAUGCCCGUAAGCAUGUAGAGGAUUUAUUAGAAUUGAAAUUUAAUACUUAUGGUGAUGUGAAAGAAUUCAAUCAAUCAAUAAAACAUUAA